GUGCAGGGAGUUGGGGUGCAGAGUUUUAGGGGUUCAGGGUUCCGGUGGUGCAAAGUUUUAGGGAUGUGGGGUUUGGAGGUGUGGGGUUUUGGGGAUGCAGGGUGCUCCAGCUCAGCCCUUGCUCCCAGUACUCAGCGCUGGGUGCCCCCAGGCCCCCCCUCCUGUCCCCCCACCUCGUCCCAUCCACGUCCCCUCUCACUGCCCCACUCGGUGCAGUGCUGGGGGUCACAGCGGGGCUCCAGCUGCCACCCCACCCCGCUCAGGCUCCGCUACAUGGUGAAGCAGCUGGAGACGGGAGAGGUGAACGUGGAGGAGCUGAAGAGGAACCUGGAGUACACAGCAUCGCUGCUGGAGGCCGUCUACAUCGAUGAGACCAGGCAGAUGCUGGACACGGAGGAUGAGCUGAGGGAGAUGCGGUCGGACGCGGUGCCCUCGGAGGUGCGGGACUGGCUGGCCGCCACCUUCACCCAGCAGGCGCGCGCCAAAGGGCGGCGGGCGGAGGAGAAACCCAAAUUCCGCAGCAUUGUGCACGCAGUGCAGGCCGGAAUCUUCGUGGAGAGGAUGUUCCGCCGGUCGUACACAGCCGUGGGGCCCAGCUACUCCAACUCUGUCCUCAACUGCCUGAAGAGCCUCGACCUGUGGUGUUUCGACGUCUUCGCCCUGCACCGUGUGACGGAGGAGCACUCCCUGCGCACCAUCGUCUACGAGCUCUUCACCCGACACAACCUCAACAGCCGCUUCAAGAUCCCCGCCGUGUUCCUCACCUCGCUGCUGGACGCGCUGGAGGUUGGCUAUGGGAAGUACCGCAACCCCUACCACAACCAGGCGCACGCUGCUGAUGUCACCCAGACCGUCCACUGCUUCCUGCUCCGCACUGGCAUGCUGGUAUGGGGACAGCGUGGGGACAACAAAGGGACGGGGGUUCCCUGGGCUUUUCUGGUCCAGGGAUGCUUGUUGUCACAGAAGCAGCACUGCCGAGCGACUCAUUUGUCACCAUGGAAAUGCUGUGAGGAUGCAGGGGGUCGGGGUCACCCCCAUUUGAGGGGGCAGGAGGGGGCACCUCGUGCUGUCACCCCCACUUGGUUGUCGCAUGCACUUUGUGGGGUCACACACUGCCGUGGGGACAGUUGUGUGUUGUCACACGCAGCCGUGGGGUUGCACACGUGCUCAGGACCCUGUGCCCUUCUGCUCCCUGCCCCCUCGCUGGGUGGCACUGGUCCC